CGCGGAGUCAGUUGUGGUUCCGGUUUAGGCGCGUGCUGUAUUGUGAGCCUCGAACCUCCCACGUCAAAAUCCCCCCAACUGUAACUGUUAGCGAAGACGCGCAUCAUUUAACUGGUUUAAGUUGGAGUCGGCCUUGGUGGCGGUUCCCCGCCCACCCGCAAGGGCGGCGCUGCGCAGAAAGUCGUGGUUCCCUUGUGGAAGGCACCGCUCUUGGCGUUGGCCCGGACACUGACGCUGGGAAGUGCUACUUCCUCCUGGGUUUGUGGCGGUUUUGCAGUAAGUCGGCUGCUGCUGUUUGGGAUACGACUGUGGCUGGUACUGCGGUGUGCUAGCCAUGGAGCAUUCCGGGCCCAGCGAAGUGACAGGCUCAGACGCCUCGGGAUCGGACCCGCAGCUGGCAGUCACCAUGGGCUUCACGGGGUUCGGAAAAAAAGCUCGCACUUUUGACUUGGAAGCAAUGUUUGAACAAACUCGAAGAACAGCUGUGGAAAGAAGUCGUAAAACACUGGAAGCAAGAGAAAAAGAGGAAGAAAUGAGCAGAGAGAAAGAAUUAAGAAGACAAAUUGAAGAUACUGAACCAACAUCUUCAGGCUCAAACGUGGUUAGAGAUUGUUCAAAAUCAUCUUUCAGGGAUACAAGUAGCAGUGAAAGUGAAGAGAUUUCUGAUUCUUCUGAUGAUGAGUUAAUUGGCCCUCCUUUACCCCCUAAAAUGGUAGAAGAACCAGUCAAUCUUAUGGAGGAAGAUACCAUUGGUCCUUUACCUCCACCUCUUAAUGAAGAUGAAGAAGCUGAGGAAGAAGAGGAGGAAGAGGAAGAGGAUGAAAAUCCUGUCCAAAAGAUUCCUGAUUCCCAUGAAAUAACACUGAAGCAUGGCACUAAAACGGUAUCUGCUUUGGGUCUGGAUCCCUCAGGUGCCCGUUUGGUGACUGGAGGAUAUGACUAUGAUGUUAAAUUUUGGGAUUUUGCUGGAAUGGAUGCUUCUUUUAAGGCAUUUCGAUCUCUUCAGCCCUGUGAAUGCCAUCAGAUCAAGUCAUUACAGUAUAGUAACACAGGAGACAUGAUUCUUGUUGUAUCUGGAAGCUCUCAGGCCAAGGUGAUUGACAGAGAUGGUUUUGAAGUCAUGGAAUGUAUAAAGGGAGAUCAGUAUAUUGUGGACAUGGCCAACACCAAGGGCCACACAGCAAUGCUUCAUACUGGCUCAUGGCAUCCCAAAAUAAAGGGAGAAUUUAUGACUUGCUCAAAUGAUGCGACUGUGAGGAUAUGGGAAGUUGAAAAUCCAAAGAAGCAAAAAAGUGUCUUUAAGCCACGGACAAUGCAGGGUAAAAAAGUCAUUCCCACUACGUGCACAUAUAGUAGAGAUGGAAAUCUCAUAGCAGCUGCCUGCCAGAAUGGAAGCAUACAGAUCUGGGACCGAAAUUUAACUGUUCAUCCUAAAUUCCACUAUAAACAAGCUCAUGACCCAGGCACAGACACUUCUUGCGUGACUUUUUCUUAUGAUGGUAAUGUCCUUGCCUCUCGUGGAGGUGAUGAUACGUUAAAAUUAUGGGACAUCCGACAAUUUAAUAAGCCACUUUUUUCAGCCUUGGGUCUUCCCACCAUGUUCCCAAUGACUGACUGCUGUUUCAGUCCAGAUGAUAAACUCAUAGUCACUGGUACAUCUGUUCAAAGAGGAUGUGGUAGCGGCAAACUUGUUUUCUUUGAGCGUAGAACUUUCCAAAAGGUGUAUGAGAUAGACAUCACAGACGCGAGUGUUGUCCGAUGCCUGUGGCAUCCAAAACUGAACCAGAUCAUGGUUGGAACUGGAAACGGUUUGGCUAAAGUCUAUUACGACCCCAACAAAAGUCAGAGGGGAGCAAAAUUAUGUGUGGUUAAAACCCAGCGGAAGGCGAAACAAGCUGAGACUCUAACCCAGGACUACAUCAUCACCCCUCAUGCCUUGCCUAUGUUCCGUGAGCCCCGCCAACGGAGUACGAGGAAACAGCUGGAGAAGGACAGGCUGGAUCCCCUGAAGUCACACAAACCCGAACCUCCUGUAGCAGGCCCAGGUCGUGGUGGCCGAGUUGGAACCCAUGGGGGCACUCUGUCAUCCUACAUUGUAAAGAACAUUGCUUUAGACAAAACCGAUGACAGUAACCCCCGGGAAGCCAUUUUGCGUCAUGCCAAAGCAGCAGAAGACAAUCCAUAUUGGGUUUCUCCAGCAUAUUCCAAGACUCAGCCCAAAACCAUGUUUGCCCCAGUUGAAUCUGAUGAUGAAGAAGCAAAGAAUGAGCCACAAUGGAAGAAACGUAAAAUUUGAAGACUCUCAUUUGAGAGCUGUUCAUGUGAGGGGGAGUGAUACGCGACAGGAUUUUUUUGUAAUGUUUAUUGAAUAAAUAAUACAUUUUUAUGAA